ACAGAUUAAACAAUAUAUAUAUAUAUAUAUAAAUAAAUAAAAGUUUUUGUUUGAAAUUGCUUUUUUUGGGUUGAGAUUGACAGGCAGAUCCCCACCAAAAAUAAAAUAAAUAAAUUCACCAUACACCUAUCUUACAUAAAACCCCUUGAUAGUAUUCACCCUUCUCUUGUUAUACUAUUCUUUUUUCAGCUGUAAUUGCUAAGAGAGAGUCCUGUGCUGGGGGACUCAACUAUGGCAGAAAGCUCCGCCGAUGCCUCGGCAGCGCCUGGAAUCCAUGAAGGCAGUGAAAUUGGCAUGGUUGGCUCAAAUUCCGGUGAAGAAGAUAAGGGUAGGGUUGAUGAAGGUGACCGGAGUUUUGGAGGAAAUCGAUGGCCUAGGCAAGAGACUCUGGCUUUAUUGAAGAUACGUUCCGACAUGGAUGCUGUUUUUAGAGACUCAAGUCUCAAGGGUCCAUUAUGGGAAGAGGUUUCCCGGAAACUGGCUGAGCUUGGUUAUCAUCGAAGUGCCAAGAAAUGCAAGGAGAAAUUCGAGAAUGUCUUCAAGUACCACAAGAGAACCAAAGAUGGCCGAACUGGCAAGACUGAUGGCAAGACUUAUAGGUUCUUUGAUCAAUUAGAGGCCCUUGAGAAUCUUCACUCACUCCAAUCACAAUCACCUCCAAAACCUCAAACUCCGACCCCAACAUCGGCGGCAAUGCCUUGGACUAAUCCUCCUACUGCCUCCAAUAUCCAUGUCCCAUCAACAACAAUGAACCCUACCAAUGUACCUCAAACCAAUGCCACACCUUCGAUAAACCCUACCAUUUCCACACAAGCAGUUCCUAUACAUUCUAUAGGUCCUUAUUCCAAUAGUAUUCCAUCUUCUUUCCACAACAUUUCAUCAACUCUUUUCUCCACUUCUACCUCUUCCUCAACCGCAUCUGAUGACGAUUCAGAUCAAGGAAGCAGUAAGAAGAAAAGGAAAUGGAAGGAGUUUUUCAGGAGGCUGACAAAGGAGGUGAUUGAGAAACAAGAGGAGUUGCAAAACAAGUUCUUGCGAACAAUCGAGAAGUGCGAACAGGAAAGAACGGCACGCGAAGAAGCUUGGAGAAUUCAAGAAAUGGCACGGGUCAACAGAGAACAUGAGAUUUUAAUUCAAGAACGAUCCACGGCAGCUGCAAAAGAUGCUGCAGUAAUUGCAUUCUUGCAAAAGAUAUCGGGACAGCAACCGAACACGGUGCAAGUGCAACCACAAGAAAAUCCUCAAACAACACCGCCUCCGCCAACAGCACCCUUAUCGCUGCCACCUCCUUUGCAUCAGCCGCAACCGCAGCCACCAACCCCAGCCUUGAAUUUUGAUACCUCGAGAAUGACUAAUGCAGCGAAUAACGUGGUUUUAUCAAGUCCUUCACGAUGGCCAAAACCUGAAGUUCAAGCUCUUAUAGGGCUUAGAACUAAUCUUGACGUGAAGUACCAAGAAAAUGGGCCUAAGGCUCCUCUAUGGGAGGAGAUCUCAGCCGGGAUGAGAAAGCUUGGAUAUAGUCGGAGCGCAAAGAGAUGCAAAGAGAAAUGGGAAAAUAUUAACAAGUACUUCAAGAAAGUCAAAGAAAGCAACAAGAAAAGGGCUGAAGAUUCCAAGACAUGCCCAUACUUUCACCAGCUGGAUGCUAUUUACAAAGAGAAAAUCAGCAAAAACGAGAAUUCAGUUGGUUCUUCCGGUUAUGGGGUUAAGCCUGAGAGCAAGAUGGUGCCACUGAUGGUACAGCCAGAGCAGCAAUGGCCUCCACAACAACAAGAAAUUAGCCAGCAGGCAGAGGCGAUGAUGGAGGAAGCUGAGAGGGAUCAGAUUCAAGAAGAUGAAGAAGAUAUUGGAGAAAGUGAAGAAGAGGAAUAUGAAAGGAAUGCUUUUGAGCUAGUAGCAAACAAAACUGCUCCCAUUGGCACUGCCGAGUGAGACAACAAAGGGAAGCUUCUAAUCAAAGCUGACAUCAAGUGAGGCAUGGAAAAGGCCCUUUUGCUAUAGUAUUUACCAUGGCGAAAAAAAAAAUUGUAAGGGCAGUAAAAAGGUUUAUCAUAAAAAACUUAAACUUUGUUUUCGGGUGUGAAGAUCCAGUUGGUUUUGAAGAGGGAAGGAGUCAGAUUCUCUGAUGAUUCAGCAGGAAAUAGUGGUGCCGAAUUGGAUUAACAACCAUGCACAUGGACUGUAGUUUUAUAGUGGGGUUAAAUGUUUCUUUUUCUUUAUAAUUUAUUAUUUAUUUGCUAAAUAAAUAUUAGGUGUGGAAAGGGUAUACGGAGUUAGGGUGGGGAAAUGUUUGCACAGUAUAAAAUAAAGCCAACUAGUUCUUUGUAUCCUUCUUUCUGUUCAUAGUGGAAUAGAUUUUUUCUACAUAA